AUGAGUGAAUACGACAAGGCUUUGAAAGUGUUGAUGAAGUCGCCCGUGACGGACGAGAUGAUACGGUUCUUGACCAAUUGCACGUUGAAAGUGCUUCCCACGCCCGCUCAGAACUACCCGACUCCGCCAGCAUCGCCCGGGUGCAACAGACUGCCCUCUUUGAUGAGUUUCGUCACCCGUCUCGUGAGACACACCAACGUUUACACCUCGACGCUGCUGACCACGGUGUGCUACUUAAACAGACUGAAAUGCAUUCUCCCCAGGGAUGCGUCGGGCAUCCCGUCGACGAUCCACCGCAUCUUUCUCGCGUGUCUGAUCCUGAGUGCCAAGUUCCACAACGAUUCGUCGCCCUUGAACAAGCACUGGGCCAAGUACACAGACGGCCUGUUCACCGUCAACGACGUCAACCUCAUGGAGAGACAGCUGGUCCAGCUGCUCAACUGGGACCUCCGCGUCACCAACGAUGACCUGAUCCUCGACCUCAGACCGCUGCUCGAGCCCAUCGUCGACGACAUCGAGCGCACCGCGCGACACAGACGCAAGCUACAGAGACACCCGCUCAGAAGGAACUGCGCUGGCGCAGUUCCUUACGAGCACCAGAGAAACGUGUCGAUCUGCUCAGAUCUAAGCAGCGCCACGCUGGUCGAAUCUGCCUCCAACAGCAGUCUACGUCUCGACAAGGAAAUAUGGAACCACCACGGCCUGGAACUGCCGACAAGCCUCAGUUCCGAGUCGCUGGUCGACAGAUCCAGCUGGACCCUACUCGAGAAUGAUUUCAACCAGCUACUACUGCAGCACGGUUUCUAG